AUGAACGCAUAUACACCCCACAAUCAUCUCCCGCAGUCUGGAAUCCACACUCACGUCUUCGAGGACCCCCGCCAUCUACUGAAGAGCCUUGAAGCCGAACUGGGAUCACGUCCACAGCAGUCGAACAUUGUCUAUGCGCACGCCUACAAACUCGCCCAGAAACUCAAUGGCAGAGAGCCCAUAGCCCCCGGCCAAUAUUGGGUCGCAGUCCUCUCGUAUUCGCAGCAGCAACAACAGCAACAACAACAACAACAACAACAACAGGUACCGACACUAGCCCUCGACUUUGUAUUGGCCAUUACCACUGGAUCACUUGGGGCCUAUCCGGUCUUCAUCUACUCCCACCAUCCAACCUCGCGCUUGACACCUGCGUUUCUCGAACCACGUAUGGCUCAGUUGGCCAUGCGGCUAGCCGGUCGUGUCCCACCGUCGCGCGUCUUUUCCGUCUUUGCCCCAGAACCAGUGACACGCGCAUUUGCUGCUGCUUGGGGAGCGACCACUGGUGCUCGCGUUGUUCAUGGCGAACCAUGGUAUGUCGCUACCUCGUCGUUUUGCACGCGUGAGACGUUUAGGGGAGCCACAUUCGGCGGGCCAAACUCGGAAGUGGUGGGAGAAUGCUUCCAAGGUCAUGAGUUGCGCAAAGCCACACUCCACGAUCUCGACGCUUGCGCGAAAUUAUGCCAAGAGUUUGCGGCGACGUCUCCCCCGUUCACUCUCGACGCACAGCGUGCCCGACUCGAGGCCGAGGAACUCAUACGACAAGGUGUCCUCUGGGUGUACGCCCUCCCACCCACAGAAGCCGACACCACCAACGUCUUCUACAAGCGAAAGGCAAUUGCAUCUAUUGUUGCCGUCACACGCUCGACGCCGACUGUAUCUGCCAUCACCAAGGUUUACACUACCCCACUCUACCGGCAACGAGGAUGUGCUGACCGGCUUGUUGCGCAUGUGACUUCAGAAUUGCUGUUCGACCAGCAAAAGGCCGCUGUCGUUCUCUUUGUUGGCCACACUCUGGAUGCUGUGCGCGUCUAUGAGCGCAUAGGCUUUACUGGUCUCCGUGGUCUCUCGAGAGGUGCAAAGGGACCAAGAGAGAUUGUCGACGGCGUCGAGGACUGGCUCGAACUUGGGUUUGAAGGCGCGGAGCUCGGUCAUUGGUAA